CUGCUCAAGUAAAGAAAACCAGCUAGACAGGAAAAAAAAUAGGGAACACAAGUGCGUCGUGGUGGUGCUGGCGGUUUUGAGUUUUGACCCACCAUUCCCGCAUUCCUUCUCUUCUGCAGUGGCGGCAGCGGCAGCCAGGAAACGCAAACGAGGAAGAGGAGCGGUCGAUUCCCAAUCUUUAUACGAUUGAUUCUUUACCAAUUGUAUCGCCAUUCCUUCCUGUUCAUUGGGCGUGGGGUUUCAACCUAAUAAAUCGGUCCUUUUCCGCGCAACUAGUGGGGAGUGGAGCCGCUGAGAAAUAGCACCCCUUUUCCUGCCCCAAGAUGCCUGUUUCCGCUUCUUUUCCACGCCACACCUUUUGAAAAUCCUUCGCCGUCAGCUCCCCUUUUGCAGCACUAGUUGUUUCUCAGCCUGCUUGGAGUUUGGAGGGGGCAGAGAACACCAUCCUGUCGAUUCAAGAAAAAGGCUGAGCCGAUGGGCAGUAAGAGCGGCGUGCGACUGCAAUGCGCCGAGGCCAAAUCGGCGACGGAUUGGAGCUGCUGCUUCCUGGCCCUGCCACCGGCAGCACCAUCCGGUGUUGAUGGCGAUGGCGGGUUUAACCUCUCGUGGAACCUCCGCAAGUCCUUCCACCCGCCGGCGGGACUCUUCGCCAGCAUGGGCCAGCAGGUUGGGGUUGGGUUCCCGGGGACUUCUUCUAGGUCCCCGUCGCCGGAGACACCUCGGGAUCCGUACAUGAAGUACGUCUCGCCGGAGGUUGUCGAGACACCUCCGUCGGGGGAAGGGGUGGCGUUGAGGGACAAGGGGAAGAAGAAAGCCGUGAAGCUCAGGAUUAAGGUUGUGAAUCAUCACCUCAAGAGGCUGAUCAGUGGAGCACUCGCAGGCACAGUGUCAAGAACUGCUGUUGCACCUUUGGAGACGAUCAGAACGCAUUUGAUGGUUGGGAGUAAUGGGAAUUCGUCGACGGAGGUGUUCCAGUCUAUCAUGAAGCAUGAGGGAUGGACUGGGUUGUUCCGUGGUAACUUUGUUAAUGUCAUCCGGGUAGCCCCAAGCAAGGCAAUCGAGCUUUUUGCUUUCGAUACAGCUAACAAGUUCUUGACCCCCAAAUCUGGGGAGGAACGGAAGAUCCCAGUCCCUCCUUCACUAGUGGCUGGGGCAUUUGCAGGUGUUAGCUCAACACUGUGUACAUACCCUCUGGAAUUGAUUAAGACACGGUUAACUAUACAGAGAGGGGUGUAUGACAAUUUCCUUGACGCGUUUGUCAAGAUCGUCCGCGACGAAGGGCCUACUGAACUCUACCGAGGCUUAACCCCAAGUCUGAUUGGAGUGGUGCCAUAUGCUGCAACCAACUACUUCGCCUAUGACACCCUGAAGAAGGUGUACAAGAAGAUGUUCAAGACAAAUGAGAUUGGCAAUGUCCCAACGCUGCUCAUCGGGUCUGCUGCAGGAGCUAUCUCAAGCUCAGCGACAUUCCCUCUUGAGGUUGCACGGAAGCACAUGCAAGUUGGAGCUGUUGGUGGCAGGAAGGUUUACAAGAACAUGCUCCAUGCCCUCCUAAGCAUUCUUGAGGAUGAAGGGGUUGGGGGCCUCUACAAAGGGUUGGGGCCAAGCUGCAUGAAGUUGAUGCCUGCUGCUGGGAUUUCCUUUAUGUGCUACGAGGCUUGCAAGAAGAUUCUGAUCGAAGAAGAGGAUGAGUGAAGUGUGUGCGGAUGCAUUGCGUCAUUAGAACUCAGUUUUGCGACAUCCUGAAUUCCUGAUAGCAGGCAGCUUCUUUCGGUAUUUCUUUGAGUCGACUGGUGCUGGAGUUGGUUGAAACUCAAGACUGAGGUUACUGCUGCAGUCAGCAUAAGUUCUUUUUUUUUGAUGAGUCGACCAAGGGGGGAGAGGCCCCCACCAGAUCCACUGCAUUAUGUAGCUCUUCGAGUUCAAAGUACACGCCAAGCACAUAUUCUUAACCCCCACUUUGCACCCAGUUUGAUCUUAUAAAUUCACCUGUUUUUUUCCAGAUUUAAACUUUUACUUUUGGGUACAAGUUGUGUUGUCGAAACUCAUGACUGCGAUGUGUGAAAACGUUCAGAUGCCAUAGGCAAUCAUAAUUCACAAGUGGCAAAGCUGCA